GGUUACGCCUCCUCUGGCUCAGUCGCACAGCUACCUGGUAGGUGACUGGAGGUGUUGAUCAGUGCUCCCUGGGAUUUUGCUGAUGUGGCCCCAACCCUGCCUCCUUCCCCACCCUGCGAUGGCAGAAGAAAGUCGACAGAGCAAAUUGGCAGCAGCCAAGAAAAAGUUAAAAGAAUAUUGGCAGAGAAACAGCCCUGGUGUUCCAGCAGGAGCCAAGAGGAACAGGAAAACAAAUGGUAGCAUCCCUGAGACAGCCAUUUCUGGUGGUUGCCACUCACCUAGAGAUUCAGCAACAGAUAUCCACGGGGAGGGCCCUACAUCAUCUGCUACCCUGAAGGAUCUGGAGAGCCCGUGCCAAGAACUAGCAGUAGUCCUGGACUCAAGGUCUGUAAAAGUCAGUCAACUGAAGAACACCAUCAAAGCUUUGAAACAACAGAAGAAACAAGUGGAACAUCAGCUGGAAGAAGAAAAGAAAGCAAACAAUGAGAAACAGAAAGCUGAAAGGGAGCUAGAGUUUCAAAUCCAGAGAUUGGACAUACAGAAAGGGAAACUAAAUACGGACCUGUACCACAUGAAACAUUCUCUCAGAUACUUUGAAGAAGAGUCCAAGGAUCUGGCCAUCCACCUGCAACAUUCAUUGCAGCGUAAAGGAGAGUUAGAGCGGGCUCUCUCUGCUGUCACCACCACACAGAAGAAGAAGGUGGACAGGUUCUCCAGCCGCAGUAAAGCACAUAUGGAGUGGAAGUUAGAGCAGUCCGUCCGGGAGCAGGCACCGCUGAAAGUGCAGCUGACACAGUUGAAGGAGCCGCUUAAACAAGUCCAGCUAGAAAGGGAUGAAUAUGCUCAACAUAUAAAAGGAGAGAGGGCCCGGUGGCAGCAGAGGAUGAGAAAAAUGCCACAGGAGGUUUGCACAUUGAAGAAGGAGAAGAAGCAUGAUAAGCAUCGGGUAGAGAAGCUGGAGAGGAGCUUGUCCAAACUCAAAAACCAUAUGGCUGAACCUCUGCUCCCAGAGCCCCCAGCAGUGCCCUCUGAGGUGGAGCUGCAGCACCUGAGGAAGGAACUAGAGAGAGUGGCAGGAGAACUCCAGGCCCAGGUGGAGAACAAUCAGUGCAUAAGUCUCCUGAAUGAGGGGCAAAAGGAGAGGUUUCAGGAUCAGGAGGAGAAGCUUCAGGAGCAGGAGGAGAAGCUUCAGGAGCAGGAGGAGAGGCUUCAGCAGCUGGCUGAGCCACAGAGCAGCUUCAAGGAGUGGAACAAGGAGAAAAAGAGUGUACUACAGUUGGAGCAGCAAGUAAAGGAGCUGCAGGAGAAGCUAGGCAAGGAGCGCCUGGAAGCUGCCAGCCAGCAGAACCAGAAGCUAACAACCCAGCUGAGCCUCAUGGCUCUCCCUGGGGAAGGAGAUGGAGGAGGACAUCUGGACAGUGAGGAGGAAGAGGCACCUCAGCCCAUUCCGAGCAUCCCACAGGACCUGGAGAGCAGGGAGGCCAUGAGCGGCUUUAUGGACCACCUGGAGGAGAAGGCAGACCUGAGUGAGCUGGUGGAGGAAGAACUUGGAUUCAUCCAGUACUGCAGAGACAGAUGCCAUCAGAAAGUUCAUCACCUUAUCACAGAGCCAGGGGGCAGUGCCAAAGAUGCGGCACCUGGAGGAUGACAUCAUCAGGCUGGCCCUGGACAGGGAGGAGAUGAAGGUGAAGCUCCUGGAGCUGCAGGAGAUGGUGUUGUGGCUGGUGGAGACUACAAAAAGGGGUACAGCAAAUUCCUGGCCGCUGCCCAGAACCCUGCUCAUGAGCCCGGUCCAGGAACCCCAGCCCCCCAGGAGCUUGGAGCUGCCCACAAGCAUGGUGAUCUUUGUGAGGUGAGCUUCACUGACAGUGUGGAGUCUGCGCAAGGAGAGGCCAGGGUGGGUUCUCCCCAUGACAACCCUACUGCACAGCCAAUCAUGCAGGACCAGCAGGAGCACCCAGGCUUGGGCAGGAACCACUGUGUGCCAUUCUUUUGCUGGGCUUGGCUGCCAAGAAGAAGGAGAUAAAUAUCACUGUCAUCCAAGAGCUGCUCAAGAAAUUUUUUAAAAAGAAACAAAGUUAUUGGUUAAUCUCCUACACAAUUCAUUUACUUCAUUUGAAUGUUACAGCCACUCAUGAUUAUUUGUGUUUCUAAUUUAUAGUUUAAGUUUCUUUGUAAAUAGUUAAAAGAGAGUUGGACUCUGUGGCUUUCACUGAUGUUCGCUCUGGUAUCCUUUAGCAAUUUUCUUUUUCAAUUUCAUAAUUGUAGGUCAUUAGCAUGCAUAUUGAGUUUGCCCUUAUGUGGUGGGAGUUCAAACACACAAAGACCCAGUAUUUGCACGAAACUAUUCUCGCUGGUUUGGAAUAGGCUGCCAUGUGUUUUUAAUGUUAUUGCCACAUGUAUAUUCAUUACAGAAUUCAGAUAAAAUUUGCUUACGUUCUGCUAUUGUUUGAUCUAAUCUUAAUCAAUAUGUGGUUUGCCCCCAAGUGUGCACUGUUUAAUACUUUGUAAUAUGCCACCAUGAGUACAGACACUUAGAGUUGUUUAAAGGCCGAGAACUGGAAACAGCCUUUCCCCCAUUUUCUGUGUAUUGGUGAUGGGAGUAAUAACAUUUUGGGGGAGCUUUUUAAAUCUCACAGAAGAGGAAAGUGGCCUGCUCUGGCAGGUAUGUGCAGGAUAGAGUGUGUUUCAUUUGUUCUGGUGCCAGGAAUUAGUGCUGUACUAUGGUAGUUUCCUUAGGAUUUGUAUGUGUUCUGGGCUCAUGAAGAUAUUGCAUCAUGAGCUGCAGCAGUUGUACUCUUUUUCGAUCACCUAAAAAGGGAUUAUUUCUGAGGAAUGAAAGGUUCCCAUCAUUGACUGUGGAUGUGGAAAACCUUUCCUAGCUUAGAGCAUUUGUAUCUACAAUACAUUUUGAACUCAAAGUUCAUGUUCCCUGUUUUAAUCACAUGACUACAUGUCCCAGCACACAAAAGGGCACUGGUUGGCAUUCUUCUUAAUGUAUUUAGUAAAGAUCAUAAGAAGUCCUUUAAGAGUUCAACUGUCCCUGGAACAGGCAUACAGGCUCUAGUCAAGAAUGAAUUAGAGUGAAGGAAAGCUGUGUGACACCUGGCAUUCCCCUGUUCAUGGAGCUUCUCUGAGGCUUGAAGACUGAUUUUACCAUCUAGACGUCUCUGGCUAUUACCUAUUCUUCAACCACCUUGGUUACUCUGACAUAGGAAUUUACUUCUUUUCCUUGAGUGGAAAACACUUUAAAAAAUAAUAGAAACAUUAUUAUAAACUAAUAUAUGUGAGAGUACUUAGUUGAAACAAAAAAGAGUUGUAGUAAACAGUAUUAUACUAUCUUUGAAAAUCAAAGAAAAGUUUAUGCAACUUAAAAUGUUUACAAACUGCAGUGCAAUCUACUGUUUGUGAAUGUCAGUGUAUUAGGAAAUGUGUCUACACAAUCACAGAGUUAUAUUUCCUCACAAACUACGAAGAGUGAAAUAUGUUUUUGUAACUCUCAGUUUCAGUUAGGGGCAUAUUUUGUGCAGUAUUUAUGUGAUUGUGCCUAUGCAUGAUGAAUGAAUGAAUUUCAGUCAUACAUUGCGUAAAUCAUAACUCGAUGAUGCUUGGGAAAGGCUCAACAGUUCAAACUUCAUGAAGUUCUAAUGUCUGUGUUCCAAAACAUAUGACAUUAUUAGGAUGUAGGGAGAUAUGUAUGUGUGCUCCCUGGGGUGGGGAUUUCUAGUUACUAGGCCAUCUCCAUUUUUAGCAUUUGGCAUCCUCAUGACAGAACUUAAAGUCCUGUUCUUGCCUUUUAUUUUCUGAACUUGCCACUUUUGCAUUCUUUGAGUUCAGUUUAAAGACAAGUCCAUUUUAAACCCUUGGGCUAGAAAUCGGACCACUGUUAAUUAGCCACAUUAUUUGGUCUAAUUUUUUUUCUUUAUCAUUCUGAAACUGGGUUUAUCUAAUACAUUGAUAAAUUAUUUCAAAGGUAAUUUUAUCAUUGAAAUCACUUCACUUUUACCCUGACAAAUAUCAAUGACUAAGAAUGACCUUCGGAUAGGGUUUAGCAUCUGUAACCAAUCUGACAAUAACGUGUUCAUCAGGUGCCUAUGGAUUAAAUCACACAUUGGCACAUUUAAGCCAAAUGCCAGUCUGGAAAAUAAAUUUACUAUAUUAAUUGAAAUAGCACUCUUUGUGGAGGUAUUUGUCAUACGUUUAAGAAAAAGCUAAAAAGAAUGGAAAUCAUAGGCCAAUAACUUAAGUCUUUCUUCAAAGUGCAUGCAGUCUUUUGUGACACCUGAUUCAGCCGAGAAUUUGUGCUCUUCCUCAUUCAGUAUAAGGCAGCUUUCAAUUUGCUUAGAAGGCAACAUUGGAAGGUUAGAGUUCAUCAGAAACAUAGAAUUUUAAAAUGUGAGUUCAACUGAAUAAAUUUGAAUUUCUGUAGGAAGAAUCAAAACACCUAUUUAAAGAUUGCAAAUAUAAUAUUUUUAAAGUAUUGGAUUAAAUCUGAUAGGUUUUCCAGAAAUGAACAAAAAUCAGCUCUAAACAAAAGCUGAUUUUUAGAAAAUUUGAAAAUGUAAAUCAACCCUAUCCAUAAUAUAGUUUCUCUAAAUCUUUAUCUUAAAGAGUCAUUUUAAAAUAGUACAACUAUUAAAAAAUGUAACUGCUCUCUUAAUGUUCUGAAAUAAAACAUUUAAAAUAUGAAUACUGUAGUUUAAAAGAAAGAAAUGGUGGGAAGGAAAAGUAGAGAAAGAAAUGCCAGUUCCAGUCCAAAGCUUUAUUUGCCAAGUGUUCUUGGAAUGAAUUUUUCCAAUUUACAAAUUCUUGUAAACAGAAUGUAUAAUGGAAAUACUGAAAGACUUUUGCCUAACAUGGCAUUAUUUGCUGCUGGUGUGAUGCUACUGUAAUGUAAUAAAUUAUUAAGUUGUUGC